AUGUCGGAACUUACAGCUGAAUACAUGGACAAAGUAGGGGUUGAACUUGCGCCUAGUGAAAUCCAGAUACACUUUGAGGUGUCAGCCAUCAGGGCAGUGGAGGAAAUCUAUGAGGAUUGUGAAGUGCGUGGAUGCUUCUUCCACUUCACUCAGGCUGUGUGGCGAAAAGUGGCUGAGAAAGGACUGACAAACGACUACAAGGACAUCCCACAGGUGCAGGCCUAUAUCAGGAGAGCAGCUGCCCUUCCACUACUUCCACGGGACAUGGUGCAGGACACUUGGAUUGCUGCCAUGAACGAAGGUCCGGAGUCAGAGAAGGUCAGGAACUUCAACGACUACGUCACGAGUACAUGGGUGGACUAUGAGACACGUUUUCCAGUACGGAUCUGGACGCAGUAUGGCAACAACCACCUCGAGGGGUGGCACCUGAAGCUGAAAAACCUUAUUGCCAAAGCCCACCCAAACAUCUACCUCUUCGUCGCCAACAUCAAGAAAAUCGAAGUCAUUGACAAAGCUAAACGUGCCCAGCUCGACUGUGGUGUCCUUCCCAAGUCACGCAAGCGUGUUUACAGAGACUUCUGA